CGGACGCGCAGCGAAUAGGAAGCGGAAAAACCGGGGACGGUUCUACAGCGGUUCACCGGAGAGGGAGACGGCUGCAGCUAGGCGGGGAGCUAGCAGCGGAGAGCUCGGCUCCACCACAGGCAUCUUCUGAUCUGGCGCCAUGACGUCAGCAUCGACUAAGGUGGGGGAGAUCUUCUCGGCAGCCGGCGCAGCCUUCACCAAGCUGGGCGAGCUCACCAUGCAGCUGCACCCGGUGACGGACUCCUCGCCCGCCGGGGCCCGCUGGACAGACACUGAGAUUCAGAUGUUACACGCGGCCGUCAGACGCUUCGGGGAGGACUUAAAUCAGAUCAGCUCAGUAAUCAAGGAGAGGACAGUGGCUCAGCUCAAGUUUGCCGUGAAACGGAAGAUCUACGACGACAACGGCGUCCCCCUGUCCUCAGAUUCCUCUAAGAAAGUGGUGAAGAAAGUGAUCUCCGUACCCUCCGUCAUGUCCGUGCAAGCGCCACCAGCGGUCGGAGGAACGAGUCUUCCAGAGGGGUCUCAGAGCGCCAUGAGGAAGCGCAAGUCGUCCGAUGUGACCCUCAGUGCCUUGAAUGACUCCGAUGCCAACAGUGACUUGGUGGACAUUGAGGGACUGGGUGACAGGAGCACGGUGAAGAAACUCAACUUUGAUCAGGAAAACCUAAACUUGGAUUCCAGUUUUAUAAUGAACUCCAGUGACCUCCCGCUGUUAUCCCGCUGACCCUGCACCCGCUCACCCCUUGUAAAUAGCAGGUUCCCCCACAUCUCCUGAAGUGUCUGAAGAUACCCGACCUGUGUCCUCGUCCCCAGAAGACCUGUCCUCCUCCGAUCUUGUACUAAAGUUGUGAAUUGCAUUUUUUUCAAAUAAAAUGGUUAAAAAUUUUUGAACAAA